UAUCGUCUGACAACUUACUAUGGCGCAGGAGCCAGCUGAGCCAUUCACAGUAUUUCAAGGCAUGAGCGAAGACAUAGUCGUUUCAAAAUCGUGCUACGAUGAUUUCUCCGUUGCAACACCGUGGAGGAAUUUUGAAGUUAUUGUAGAAGACCGAUCAUUCUUCGUCAAUCCUGGCUGGUUGGCCGAGCUGUCACCAUUUUUUGCCGAGUACUGCUUUGGUGAUGAUGCGCAUCAUUCGCUCAUUAUUGAUGAUAUCAAGCCGAGUGACAUGCUUGAGUUUUUCCGUUGUAUAUUCUUUUGCCCAAUGCGGAAACCUAUCGCGGUUUCCAAUGUAUCUCUUGUGCUUCGGGUGGCAUCACGUUUUGAAAUGAAGCCCGUUGUCGCCAGGUGUGAACAGUUUGUGGCUCGGACAGCCAAUACUUUAGAUCGUGAACGACUUUUUCAGGUAACGUGUGCAGUCUCACACUGCGAUCCCAAUAGUUCAACUAUGAGUGUACUCGUGGAUAAACUUGCUUCAAUAAAGGAGGAGGAUCUGUCACAAAUGCAAUUUUCGCAAAUGCCAGGUGACGUGGUAGCUGAAGUUUACACGCAAAAAUUCCGAGAACGCGAGCGAAAACGUCAGCAGUGGUGUUGCUUGAUGAGCUGGCUGGAAGCUUUGCGUCGACGGAGGCGAAGGCAUCGUCGACAUUGAUUGAUCGUUUUGUAAUGGUUGAAAAGCUGUGAAUCCUUUGCUGUUGCUCUUUUAGCUUGGUCUCCGCUAGGCUAGUUAUAUCUUGCAUUAUUGAAGCAGUUUUCUGGUUUACGAAAACUCAUAUGACAAGUGCUUCUUUUCAUAGCGUUUUUAUGAAUUUUAGAUAGGAGAAACUACAAUGAUUUUACAAGAUUUUACUGUGGAUUUGCUUUCUCUUCAAUUGCUUCCUAGCUUCUGGCCAAGAAUUAUUUUGUUCUCUUUGUGAAAACAUUCGAGAACAGGGCUCAGCACAGAUGGCACCGGGUCAAGCUGGAUAUCGUUUUUAGGGCGGAAAGCAAAGGGGAUAUCGUU